ACCAUCGCGAAUACUAAUGGAUUUUCGCGAUGAACGUCCGAGUUUUUCGCAUUGAUCCCGCGCAUUGAUCCGUCGCAGAAAAAUCGAGGAACGUAAUAACCAUUUUAGAGAUCGCGAGAUAAUAUCCGGUCGCUCGUGGUAAUUGCGCAAGUGUCAGAGGUGAAAGCUGAAGGUAGCGUAAUUUUCGUAGAAUGCAAAUUCCAGCGACAUGAACACACGCGACCGUAAGUUCGUAAAAUUUAGCGACCCGCUAAUGGAACCGUAGGUGCAUACAAAUACAUAAUUCCUUGCGAGAAGUGUAGUUGAUUUCAAAUCUGAUUCAAGGAGCCUUGUAUAAUUUGAGCGGGUGGAAAGUUCCGUAGACACGCGAGUAUGAGGAAAGUGUUGUCUCAAGGUCUUUAGGUGUCCCGCGCUAACGUGAUUUGGCAAUCACGUUAGUUUUCAGCGAGCUGCCGUCAAAACACGCGCGCGAAAAAUAAUCUAUUUUAAGCCUAGGUAUACACACUGGGGUCUCCGAGACCCCAGGCAAAGUUUGAAACUCUAGUAUUAAUAGAAAGAAUAAGUAAGGAGGAUACGAUCGCUGUGUAAAAAAAGUUUAAAGUCUCCUCUGCAGAUAGCUGACGGAGCAGUCAAUUGUCUGUCGGUUUUGUAGUAAUUCACAUAUAAAGUAAGCCCGGGGUCUCCCAGGCCCCAGAGUGUACUUCGUGCAACUUUUUUUGCAAGAGGAAGCUGAAUCGACGUAACGCUGCACACCAGAAUGGCCGGUUGGCCGUUCAGCACCGCGCUGCUGUUCAGCAUCCUCAUCCUUGUUCGCGGACGAGGAGUGGUGCUGGACAGCCAAGGGCCGGUGCUGGUCUCGGAACCGCGCUCUAGCGUGGAGUUCUCGAACGACACCGGGGCAAUGAUCCAUUGCUCGGCCCACGGCAGUCCAUCGCCGAGGAUCGACUGGCUGAUGGGUGACGGCUCGCCGGUAUUACCGAUACUACACAUCCGUGAGAUGCUGGUGAACGGCUCCAUGUACUUCCUGCCGUUCGGCGCCGAGAGCUACCGGCACGACGUGCACUCGGCCGUCUACCGAUGCCAGGCGUCGAACAGCGUCGGCAAGGUGCUCGGCCGUGAAAUCGCUGUGAAGGCCGUGGUGCGCCAGAAGUAUGAGGUGCAAGUGCGAGAUGCCUACGUCCUGGCGGGCAACACCGGAGUGCUCAGGUGCGAGAUACCGGCCUUCGUCAAGGAGUACGUCGCGGUCACGUCCUGGUUCCAGGACUCGGCCUUUAACAUUUACCCCACCGCGGAGAGUGGCGGGAAGUACCACAUGCUGCCCACCGGAGAGCUGCUCGUCUUCUCUGUGACUUCCGCCGAUGCCCACUCGACCUACCGUUGCCGCACCGUGCACCAUGUCACCGGCGACACCGUGGAAAGUUCCUCGUACGCCAGGCUCGUGGUUACGGAGCACCGCAAUCCGUCGCCGCCACGAUUCAACGAGCGGGUGAACCCGGGACCGAUUCGCACCGGGGAGACGAUCGUGCUGUCAUGCAUCUCGCAGGGUAUUCCGCCGCCCACGUAUCUCUGGUUCCGCGAGUCCGUCUCGGGUACGACGAUGGUCUUCAACUCGGAGAGGAUCCACGCGCGUGCCGGCGUGCUGGUGCUGCAGUCGGCCAGGGUCGAGGACGCUGGCAGAUACGUCUGCCACGCGAACAAUACAGCCGGCUCCGAGCGAGUGGAGCUGGAAGUCACCAUCAUAAGCAGCCUCUCCAUCCAUCUGGCUCCUCAACAGGUGACUGUGGAUCUGGGGAAGGAUGCGGAGUUUCAAUGCUCUGUCACCGGUCAGCCACAUCCGGUGAUCUCGUGGGCGAAGGACGGUCUUCCUGUGAGAGAAGGAUCUUCGGGUAGGAGUAAAAUUACGGGUAACGACGGCUCGACGUUGCGCAUAUCUUCCAUCGUGAGGGACGACAAAGGGAUGUACCAGUGCUUCGCCAAAAACGACUACGAGAUGGUGCAAGCUACGGCCGAAUUACGCUUGGGAGAUGCUGCGCCUCAACUGCUAUACAAGUUCAUCGAGCAGACGAUGCAGCCAGGCCCCUCGGUGUCGUUGAAGUGCAUCGCGAUGGGCAACCCUACGCCGCACUUCUCCUGGACUCUGGACGGAUUUCCACUUCCGCAAAACGACAGAUUCAUGAUAGGCCAGUACGUGACGGUGCACGGCGACGUGAUCUCCCACGUGAACAUAAGCGCCGUGCGAGUGGAGGACGGCGGCGAAUACAGGUGUUCGGCGGUGAACCGCGUCGCGAGAGCGCAUCACGCGGCCCGACUCAAUAUUUACGGGCUGCCUCAUGUACGAACGAUGGGAAACUAUGCCGCGGUGGCCGGCGAGACGACCGUCAUCAAGUGUCCCGUCGCAGGCUUCCCGAUCGCCAGCAUCACUUGGGAAAAAGAUGGUCAAGUGUUACCGACUAGUCGACGCCAAGAGGUGUCCCAGAACGGUACUCUGGUGCUGCAUCGCGUCGACAGCAGCACCGAUCGCGGUGCAUACACGUGCACCGCGAAGAACAAGCAAGGUCGCUCCGACUCGCAGACCAUUCACAUAGAAGUCAAAGUUCCACCCACGAUAGCUCCCUUUAGCUUUAAGAAGGACCUGUCGGAGGGCCUGCGGGCCCAGGUGACCUGCAUGGUCGAGAAGGGCGAUCCGCCGUUCACGAUCAUCUGGUCGAAGGACGGCGAGCCGAUUUCCGCCCCUGGCACGGCGGCCGCCGCCUUCGGCCCCGCUGCCGCCGCCGCCGCCGCCGCCGCGGCCGUUAACGAUCCCCGACACUCGCAGACACCACCUGGGCUGCGCGUAACCAACAUUGACGCCCAUUCCAGCGCCAUAGUUAUCGAGCGCGUCACCGCCGCGCACACCGGCAACUAUACUUGCCUGGCGCGCAAUUCGGUGGCCGAGGUCCUCUGGACGGCCGAGUUGAUCGUUCGUGUGCCGCCACGCUGGGUGGUAGAGCCGCAGGAUGCCCACGCAUCGGAAGGGAUGCCCCGGCUGAGCCUGCAUUGCCACGCAGAUGGCUUCCCGCCGCCGUUGGUCACGUGGCGACGCGGUAGCGGCAAGAAACCCGGCAAUUAUCACGACAUAGCCAGCCACGAGCACAUGCAGGAUCUCAGGAUACACUCCAACGGGUCGCUAGUGUUCGGCCGCGUGCAGGAGGACCACGAGGGCUUUUACCUGUGCGAGGCUGUAAACGGCAUCGGAGCUGGACUCAGCAAGGUCGUUUAUCUCACUGUCAACGUUCCCGCGCAUUUCGUGGAGAAACAUCGCAAUCAGACGGCGAGGCUAGGCUCGAAUGCCUCGUUGCGCUGCGAGGCGAAGGGCGAUCAUCCUUUGAAAAUAGUCUGGAAGAAAGCCGGCUCCCAAUUAGAGCCGAAACUUCCCGACUAUCGUUAUACUCUGAAGGAGGACAACACCACCGACGGUACUAUAAGUGUCCUCGGCUUCGUCAGUACCAGCCGGGAAGACAGCGGCAGGUAUUUCUGCAUCGCCUCCAACUCCUACGGUCGCGACGAGAUGACGAUUCAUCUUUAUAUUCAAGAACCCCCAGACUUCCCUCGUAAUCUUCAUGUAAUCGAGAAAGGCAGUCGUCACAUUAACCUAGGUUGGACGACCAGUCAAGACGGGAACAGUCCAAUUACUCAGUAUAUAAUCGAGUACAAAACUGAGUCGGAGGUAUGGCACGACCACACGUUCCACACGACGGUGCCAGGUACACGUGCUCACGGCCACGUGAGCGGCUUGCGUCCUGCGGUCACUUACCACUUCCGGAUAUACGCAGACAACGAACUGGGUCGGAGUCAAGCGAGCGACAUUUUGGACUCAACGACGGAGGGGGAGAAGCCUGGCGGGCCACCGCGAAAUCUCAAAGUUGAUCCCAUCAGCUCGACCGAGUUCAACGUCACCUGGGACCCGCCCGAUCAUGAUUUAUGGAACGGCGAGAUACUUGGUUAUCAUGUCGGCUACAAGGAACAAAGGUUCGGCGCGGAGCAGUAUACGUACAAAACUGUGGAGAGACGGAUCUCGACGGCGAGUGUCGCUCUGGGCUUGGCGAGGACGUCCAUGCCCGGACGGCAGCAUCACUUGACGAACUUGAAGAAGUACACGCGUUACAGCGUGGUCGUUCAAGCGUUCAACGCCCUCGGCCCCGGUCCCAUGACACAGGAAGUUCAGGCUACGACACUCGAGGAUGUCCCGAGCAGUCCUCCGCUGGACGUGCGCUGCACGGCGCUCUCCUCGCAGUCCUUGCAAGUCUCCUGGGACUCCCCACCCGAGUCCAGCCUGAACGGGAACUUGAAGGGCUACAAGGUCAUGUGGGAGAACACUGACGCGUUGGCGGAGUUCAUCAAGCCAGAAAUGAAAAUCACCACCGCUCUAACCGUGAUGAUCCACGGUCUGGAGAAGUACACGAAUUACUCAGUUCAAGUCUUGGCAUCCACCAAGGCCGGCGACGGCGUCGCCUCGACGUCCCUCUUCUGUGUCACCGAAGAGGACCUGCCGGAAGUGCCGGCUGGUGUCAAGGCCGUCGCCAGUUCCGCCACUUCCAUCAUCGUUUCCUGGCAGCCACCGUUCAAGAGCAAUGGCAAUAUCACGGCCUAUAACGUACACAUUCGAGCGUUGGGACCGGAGGGCAAGUGGCACCGGAGAGCCUUGCUGCCGCAUCAGACCAGCUAUCAGGCCGAAGAUCUGCACAAGAGGAGCCAAUACGAAUUCAGCAUCGCAGCUGUCACGUCGGUCGGCGAGGGACCGCAGACCCCGUCGAUCACGGUUUCACCUUCCAGCGAAGUUCGCGCCGCCAUAUACUCGUUCGACACCACGCUCGUUGUGCCGUGGAAACAAAAUGUGACGCUGCCUUGCCAGAGUGUGGGCAAGCCCGAGCCUUCGGUUAACUGGAAGCGUUGGGGACAAAUCGUCAACCCGAACCGAAGGAUGUCUCUCCAUCCCGACGGAUCCCUGCACAUUGUCGAUCUUAACAGGAACGAUAGCGGAAAUUACACUUGCUUCGUGGAGAAUCGUCAUGGUUCCGACAAAAUAAGCCACCGUUUAACCGUACAAGUACCACCUGCGGCACCGAUAUUGCACGCGAUCGGCACCAGCAGCAAUUCGAUCAACGUGCAAUGGAAGAUGACCGACGACGGCGAGUCGCCGAUUAAGGGCUACAUCCUGCACUACAAACGCGAGUCUGGCGAGUGGGAGGAGUUCAAGGUGUCGCACAAAGUGAACACCUUCGUACUGUCGCGGCUCUGGUGCGGCAAUGACUACCAGGUGUACAUGACGGCGUACAAUCGCAUCGGCAUGGGCAAGCCGAGCAAAAUCUUCAAGGCGACCACGAAGGGCUCGAAGCCGGACGACUCGCCCGGCAAUGGCGACAAGUUCGUCACGGUCAAUGUAUCGUGGAUCACGCUGCACCUCAGCAUGUGGAAUGACGGAGGGUGUCCUAUAACGUACUUCGAGCUGGAGUACAAGAAAAGUGGCGAGGGCAUUUGGACGCUGGUCUCAAAUAAUAUAGAGGUGCAAAAGACAUAUACUCUGAGCGAGCUGCAGCCGGGCACUACUUACAAUAUCCGCAUAAGAGCCCACAACAACGCCGGCUCGUCGGUGGCCGAGUACAAGAUAACGACAUUGCAGCUGCACAUUAGCACGACCAUGUCUGCCAUCGAGAUCGAUCACUAUAUCCCGCAGCACACAUCCGUGUACUCGGACCUGAAGCUGAUCGUGCCACUGGUGCUGAGCUCGCUCGCGGUCAUCGCCGCGGCCGGCGCUGUCUUCUAUUGCUUCCGCAAACGUCCGUUCAUGGGCGACAUUGGGAGUCUGCACGACGCUCAGACCGCGGCCGCUUUAGACAAUAAGCAGAACAUGGAGCAACGCGAACAGUAUUACGCCACCGUACGUAAACCGCUACGCUCGCCGUUACACGAGAUGGCUACCCUAGAGAAAAUACCAGAAUAUUCGGAAGAUAUCUACCCGUACGCCACGUUCCAGCUGGAGGAAAGCGUACCUGCAGGAGGCGACAGCCGCUGCAAUUCUGCCGCGCCUCUUCAGACCUUUGUCUAUCACGACCCUCGUCUGUCCACUGCCGAUACCCUUCAGUUACGAGAGUCGGAUUGCAACCGGUACACUAAGGUGCGCGGAGGCCGUUCGUCCUCUGCACCGUUGCACAAAGCGCACAAGGUCAGUCAGGGCAAGUCCGAGUCGGAGGAGUACGACACCCUGGGCUCGGACAGCGACACGGAAGUCGGGACCAGCAGCCGAACCGAGUCUUCCAAUCACCUCGUCGAUUCGCACCACUCGGCAUCUGCGGCCGACUCGCGCGUCCACAACUUCCUGUACCAUGGACCAGAAUCUAGCACGUCUACAGAACCCUCACCGAUUUUUGAGAGAAAAUCGUUUCCUGGAAGGGGAAGACCCAAGAUGUUACAGCUGGCGCGUCAUACCAGCGAGGAGGCCCGUGCCAACUUCGGGCCAAUCGCCGGGCCUGGCCAUCCCAAGCACCAGUCGGGCAAUUCCUGUGCCAAUAGGGACCAGGAGCGUGACGGAUCAGGAAACCUGUUCGUCCCCAAGCUGGACCCACCCUCGGGCUUCUCCGACGCGUUUGAGUUAAGCGAGGCCGAGUGCGACUUCGAUCGCGGUCACAGCAGCCAACGAAACGUCCGUGACUUUGUAAUCGCGGUGUAAAUAAAUGUAAAAGCUUCCGAUGCGCACGCGAGAACCCCGUCGUAUAAAGUAAAGAAAUAAAAAAAAAAAAAGAAAGAAAAAAGAAAAAAAAAGAAGGAAGGAAUGAGAGGAAAAUCACAUGCAAAAGUCGAUGUAAGCCGCGGUCCGUCGUUUCGUUAAUUCGAAUUGGCGCCUCGCGUCCGGCCGCCAGCCACUCAAGUGAUAAUCCGACGUGCUCCCUUCGUCCUGUUCCUGGCCUAUGUCGACGAGACAACGCGUAAUCGCUCGUAUCCUCGAGACGGCUCUAUUAUCAGCUCGGCGAUGUGAGCUGCCCAUCACAGCGGCGCUUCCUGAUUCCCGGCGCGAUCGAUCCGUCGAGGCCCAGUCCUCGAGACGAUCGGUCCGGAUAUUUAGGGCGUAAAUUAUAAAGUAAAGUAUAAAGUAAUAAUCAGGCGGACGAACGCGCCAACACACACGCGUGGCAGAUUAAUCGUAAUGAGCAUUCGGCUUUAACAGGGAGGCAAAGUUUGACGAGAGAGACCGAGAAAGAAUCUACAAGCUGCCGCUUGGUUCCGCAAAGGGCGGCGCCGUAUUGUUGUUUGUUCUAUAUCCGUGGCAGGAAUACGAUAUACGGGCACCCGCGAGUCCGCGAAGUGUUUCUACGACGAUGAUUCGUCAACUGCCACACUUGUUCCACUCCGUGUAAUAAUCCUAGUUAGUUGAAAUGGCGGCGCUACACGUAUCCACCUCGGAUUUCUUCCCUCCGGCAAGGAUCUCUGCGCGACGAGUACUUGCCACCGAUGCCAAAGUACACAUUCGUACAAAACACGAACACACACACACACACAUAUAUACACGCGCACGCGCGCGUAUCCACAACAUGCACUCCGCAACCUUUUAAUUAUUAACGAUAGCGAAAGUAUAACGCGAACGCGCGAUGACUGUUACAAAACCGUAAAAUUCUAAUGGUAACGGGAGCGAAACUGCGAACUGCCAUCUUAUUCUACUAUACGAAACGACCAACGACUGCGAGAAGAAGAAAUUUUUCCGACCGACCAAUAUACCUGCGAAUGUCAGACUUUGCACAGCCUGACAGGACACUAAACGUGUACCGGAUGCAUAUCGAAGCGAGCAAUACGCGACUUCCGAGCGCUCCCUUUGUCUUCCAGUCAUCCAGGUCAUCGGACCCGAUCGUACAUUCAUUCUUCACAACGAAUCGAGCCCCCCACGUCGCACGUUCAUCACAAAACAACCUUAUUCAAUCGCGCAGCGGCCGAUCUCACCCUCCCGCGUGGGAUGUUACCGUACGUGUUUACGUAAUUGAGGAAAAGAAACUAAUGCAAUAAAUCGUUCGUCGUUGUCGUCGGUGUCGUUUCAACUUACAAGAGAGACUGAAAAGCGUUAUAGGUUGGAGUUUACGCGUGACAAUUUACCGCGCGCGAAUUUCACGCGAAGAAACGAGGAGUUUGAAACCCCUCGAACGUCACGUUGCGACGUUAGGAUACUGCGAGAGAGUCGCGUUGAAAUGUCGCGCGGUAAGUGUCGCGCGUAAGCCCGCUCUUAGUAGACGAGUUACCACGUAGAGUAAACGUAACAACCGAACAUAAUGUCUGUAAGCUGUCUAUUACUACUGUUACACUAUACCCACUGUACCUCGCUCAAACCGCGCACGCACAUUCGACACCCCGUCCUCCUCCGUCAGAUGAAAGAAGGAACAAGAGAGGAGAAGAGGAAGAAGACGACACGAACGCCAGCCCGCGUCGAUUAACGAUCGACGGACCCCGAUGUGAUGAUGCGAACAGUUAAUCGAGGAACGAGAGAAGAGAAUUGUGCUCGAGUGUCAUCGCCAUCGAAACGCAGCCUUCGAGAUACUAUGUGUUGCUAUCGAAUCCGUUUAGCCGUUGCAUCAACCUCACCCGUUGGUUGGGUUAUCGUUCGCUCCCCCUCCCCUCCCCCCCCCCCC